AUGCCCAACAAGGAACACAUCCAGUCUCUCACCAUUCCAAAUAUUGCCAACUCAUGUUCUUCCAGGGAUAUCAUGCGAGAUAACAUGCUUGUAAAUGUUUCAGGACUCAAAGGCCACUUGAUGCUGAUUGAUCUCAAUAUUGAGCACCUUAUUGGAGAGCUAAAGAAUUUACUUUCAGCCAAAGGUCUUCAAUCAAGGUGGGAUCGCCUUGGAAAUAUAUCCACCGCAAUCGACUACCUCAAAAAGAUCAAGAAACAAGUUGGUUUAGCGAUGAGCACCGCAUACCAAGGCACAACACAUACCAAAGCAGAUACAACCCAUCUUGUCUGGUGUGUCGCUGAUAAAAACAGGAAGGGUAACGGAAAGGCAGUCACCUUCUGUGAUAUUCUUGCGUUGGGAGAAAAAAAACUCAAAUCCUCGUCCCUCGCAACAUUCAACCGCAAGGUUAUCACGAUGGUGGAAUGCUGCCUUUACACUUCUGAACCCUCCGAGGAUACAGACACCUUACCCCCUCUUGCUAUGGGUUGCCCUUCAGAUGCAUUGGUAGAAGUUGACUUGGAUUGA